ACAAACAGUAAAGAAAAAUGUCUGAUCAAGAAAUUGUAGCACCUCCUUCAGGACUUUUCACCUGUCUUGCCUGUCAAGUUGCUUUCCAAUCGGCCGAGGCACAACGUAAUCAUUACCGAUCUGAUUGGCACAGAUAUAACUUAAAGAGAAAAGUGGUGAAUCUCCCCUUUGUCAGUUUAGAUCAGUUCAACAACAAGACCGAAGCUCGUGUCGCCAAGGAAAAGGAAGCAAAGACUGUUAUUGAAACCGCCAACAAUUAUUGUGGCACUUGUAAAAAGUCAUUUGGAUCUAUCAAUCAACAUGAAAACCAUUUGAAUUCCAAGAAACAUAAGGAAGUAGCUGCCAAGCAAGCUGCUAAACAAGCCGCCGCACCUGCUGAAGAAAAGGAGGCCGUCAAGGCUGAAGAGGUUGAAAAGCCUCAAGUGAAAGAUACAAGAAUUACUGAGGAAACAACCGAGGAAGAAAUGUUGGCCAUUAUUGAUGAAAAGAUUAAGGCUGCUCCUCGUUUAGAAGAAACUGAUUGUUUGUUCUGUACUCACAAAUCUGAAAGCUUUGAGGACAAUAUGGCACAUAUGACUUCCGUUCACAGUCUCUUUAUCCCUGAUAUUGAGUUUUUGGUUGAUUUAAGAGGUCUUAUCCGUUAUUUGGGUGAAAAGAUCAGUGUCGGUAAUGUCUGUAUCUUCUGUAACGGUAAAGGAAGAGGAUUAAGAUCAAUUGAUGCUGUCAGAAAGCACAUGAAUGAUAAAGGACAUUGUAUUAUUGCAUAUGAAGAUGAUAAUGAUGCUGCUGAAUUGGUUGAUUUCUAUGAUUUCUCUUCUUCGUAUCCUCAAGUGGACGGUGAAGAUGUGGAUAUUGAUGCUGAAUUAGAAGGAUUAACUGCCUCUUUAUCUUUGGCCGAUGAUGAAUUAAGUUUGGUGUUACCUAAUGGUUCAGUUGUUGGACAUCGUCAUAUGAAGCGUUACUACGAUCAAAAGCCUAAACCUGAGGAGACUAGAGAUUCUGUCUUGAUCAACAAACUUAUUGGACAAUACUCUGAUGCACCUGCGUUUGAAUCUAUGCGUAACUCUCAAAAGGGUAACAAAUUACUGCUUACGGAUGGUCGCCAUGGUAUGCGUGCCACUGAAGCAUUCAAGGAUCUUCGUACUCGACAUGAAUAUACUACCAAGGUCGGUAUGAACCAAAACAGAUUACAACAAUACUUCCGAAUCCAAAUUAUUUAGAUCCCCUUUUUAUUCUCAUUCAUAUUUCACA